GUCUGGCUGUCACAAGUGUCAACAUACCUUCCAGAAGUUCCCCACCCACGGUCUAUUUCGGCACCACUCCCGCAGAAUUGGUGCGAGGGUGGCUUUGUUGUUGUGUGAGUAUCGAUUUCGCUUCGCUUAUGUUCAUAUAUACUCCGUGCACGAAUGGGUACGGCGUCAGGAAACAUAAAUCAGAGGGAAUCCUCUUCUAUGUUCGUCUUGCUUCUAUCUUCACUACAAGCUCUCCAGCCUCGGUGCUCUGACACCUGAUAGUCGUUCCCUGUUCGAAAUACAUUCAUUCCCACAUCCGGAGCGCGCCUCCUUCACAGUCAUUCGACAGAUAUCAGAUCAACACAUCAUACAUCGCAAACCAUUGCACCAAUCAUGUCUCCAGCAUCCCGAUUGCUGGCAUGUGUUGCCUUUGCCGGCCUCACUCUUGCCUCUCCUGCCGCCCAAUUCCUUGACUUCGAUGCACUUGAGCGUGCUCCUGCCGUGACCAGUGGUCCUGCACCACUUGCUGUAGCUGCCACCGAGCACACAAUUGAGCACACCACGGUGAUCAGCAUCACAGGCGUCGCCACAGCGAGCGCCACUGCUGCUCCUACUGGAGACCCAUUGCAACGUCGGGCUACUACCUCCCCAUACACUCCGUACUAUGCGGCGCUCAGGACCGGCUACACCACCGACCCAGCAUUGGCGGCCACAUCGACCACGACGGCCAACCAACCCUGUGUCACCCAGCCAGAGGCCGGCACCUACUGCGGUUUCAUCAACCCUCUGGACGCUUGCUCACCUCAGCCCGACGGUUAUGGCCCGGUUCCGGAUCAAGAUACACCUUCGGCGUUCUUGGCCUACACAAAGCUGCAUUCGGCCGCUCAAGCGGCGCCAACAGCUGUGCGCUCGGACGACUAUGCCACAUACAAGCAGGUAUUCAAGGACCUCAACGGAGCCGUGACAGGUGGCUCUUACCUCGGACUCUACUCUCUUCAAACAUAUAACGUCGCUGAAUGUGCAUCCCGAUGUGACGACACAGACUUGUGCACUGCCUUCAACAUCUUUGCGGAGCGUGACCCAUCUCUGAGGCCAGCGAACAACGACGAUGACAUGCCUACAGUCUGGGGUCGGUACUGCCCCAACCCUCCUUCCAUGACCACAUUCAAGUGCACCCUGUGGGGUUCGUCCAUUUCUGCUGCACUGGCUACCAACACUGGCCAAUGGCAAGAAGAUUUCCAAGUUGUCAUCACUGCAUCGAACGGCUACGACAAGACUGACAACACCACCCCGCCGGAAUGCUCUGCGCCUGUUACUGACACCGACACGGCGUCUGCUACCCCUACGGUCCCGUCAUACGUGACCCCCAACCAGAUCAGUACUACCGCGACGCUCUCCCCUACUUCGGCUCAAACGAGCAGCACUCAAGUCACUUCUGCCAACCAGUACCCUGCUACCAGCACUCCUUCUUCUUCCUCUUCUUCUUCAAAGACUACUUCUAGCACUGCUGCGCCCUACACCACAGCCACCACUGCUGCGCCCUACACUAGGACUUCAAGUGUCGCGACGACUUCUGCACCACCACCGCCCCCUCCUGGCCCUACAAACCAGCCUUACCCGGGUGGCCCAGCUCCUCCAGGCGACAACAAGCCUCCAGGCGGUGGCCCAACUCCUCCGGGUGGUAAGCCUGGCGACAAAAAGCCUCCGGGAUACAAGCCAAAGCCACCGGUCUACCCCUGGGGCAAACCCAAGUCGUGCAGCGGUAAAGCCAUCGAGGCGCCCAAGUACAGCAUGGGCUCUCAGUUCUUCCCGGGACCAUACAACCCUCAGCUUUGUAGCGACUACGCCCUUCUCCAGAACGCUGCCAACAAGAAGGCCGGCUCCAAGGCUCAGUGCCAGAUGUUCAACGCUUACUACCUGCACAAGAACGGCGUGCCCUUCGGCACUACUUGCAAUCUGUUUAGCGCUGACAUUAGCCCUCGAUGGGCGACCUUCAGCUCUGCCCGGAGCCCUCGCGGCGACAAAUACGACUGUAAGCAGAGCUGGACUUACACCUUGAAGCGAUACUAGUCGUCGAAAACAAUAUAGGAC